GAGCAGUUUGCCGGUAGCGGCAGUUCGGUCGAGGUGUGAGUGAACUUUGUCGUCGAUGCUUACUCAUUCAUAUUUUUCUUUUAAAGUUUAGUAGCGCGCUUCAAAGCUAAGGCUGUUUAUCUAACGGGAAAAUGAAGGUAUUACUUUACGUAGUGGCAUGUGUCUGCCACAUAUCCUCCGCUCAGAACUUCAUGGGAGGGUCCCGGGAAGACCUCUUUUCGGCAACCAGCAAGUUGGAGGACCUCCUCACCUUGGAGACCGAGAUCGUGAGGAUGGUAGACAAGUACCUGGAAGCGGCACAGGAGAGGAUUGACACCAUCCGAAGGUACGUGAACGAUUACCGUGAACUGAACCAAGGGAGACACAACCAUCAUCAUACUAAGUGGACGUCCAACGCGUCUCAUCUGGCGGCUGCGGAUGACGCGUUGUCAUCCGUCGUUGCUCACCCGGUGGAUGCCUACCUUCUGCUCAAGAGGCUGACUGUCGAAUGGGCUAGUGUGGAGGACGCCAUGAACCAGCAUGCUAAUGCCACCCAGGAAUUGGUGCAGCGCGUUGUCCUAUUCCGCGAGGGAUCCAGUUUUCCUGCCAUCGAGGAUCUCCACGGGGCUGCCGUAGCCCUGGUGAGGUUGCAGGAUACGUACAACCUCAACAUGACCACCCUGCCUGCUGGAACCUUCACUGGGGUGGGACUUUUGGAACAAGAGUUCAAAAGCAGCAAGCCUCUGAAUGCACGCGACUGCUUGUUCCUGGGCAAGCACGCCUUUAACAAAGGGUAUUACGACAAGGCCAUUGAGUGGUUCGAGGCCGCCCUGGAGAGAUCAGACGACGAAGGAGAUACUUCAGCCUCCAGAGAAGAGAUCCAGCCCUUUCUAAACGCCGCCGUUCAAGUCCAUGACGACAUCCUGGAGAAGCGAGGACCCAGAGGCGCAGACUGGCAGACGAAUCCCCUACCUGUGAACAAGUCGCUCGCCCGGAAGCUCAGGUACGCGGAUGUGACGAGUAACAAGUUCGUUCCGAAGUUGUAUCAGCAGCAAAGCGAAGAAGAGGAGGAAGAACACUACUCCAGGCUGUGCAGAGGAGAACGGUUGAGGCCCAUCGAGGUCGAAUCUACCCUGGUCUGUCGCCUCGUGAGCAGCACCUCCCCCUACUUCACGAUCAUGCCCCUCCUACUGGAGGAGAUGUCCCUCGACCCUUACAUAGUGGUCUUCCAUCAAUUUCUCACUCACGCGCAGACGGAGGCUGUCAUCGAACUAGCUAAGCCUAAGCUGGCAACCUCCCGUCAUCGGAGCCCUGAUGGCGGCUUCAUCUCCAGUAUGGUUCGUACAAGUAAAAACGCCUGGCUGCGCGAGGGAGUGAACUCCGAUAAGUUUUUGACUAACCUGACGAAGAAAGUCGAAGAAGCAACGUCACUGCACGCCAUCCAGCCAUCUGCAGGAGAAGACUAUCAGGUCGCUAACUACGGCAUAGGCGGUCUGUACGUCACUCAUACGGAUUAUCUUAUGAUUAAUCCGGAUCCGGCCGCGUACUCAUCAUGGGAACAUUUUAUGGGAGACAGGUUUGCCACCUUCAUGGUAUACCUGUCCGACGUCGAAGCCGGCGGCGCCACGGUGUUCCCAAGGGCGGGAGUGACGAUCUGGCCGCAGCGGGGCUCAGCAGCCUUUUGGUGGAACCUGUACAGAUCGGGGGCGGGAGAUGAAAACACAAGGCACGGAGGAUGCCCCGUCCUCCACGGAUCAAAAUGGAUUUGCAACAAGUGGAUACACUACAAUGACCAGUUCCAAAAGCAUCAAUGUGGCGUCAAAACGUGGGAUAAGCUCGUGUUUCCCUAAGAGAUGGCGCUGCUACAAGUUGGAACCGAUAGCAAAAUAUUUCAUGAAAUUGGGGCAUGGCUGUGUAAGUCUGAUUAACCUUCACACACACACACACACACACACACACACACACACACACACACACACACACA